UGUGACAGCCAUAAAUAACAAAAUCAUGUGACUAGCGCGUAAACAGGAAGCAGCUGAUCUGGACUUCUGGCUGCCUGGACCAAGACGUGUGCUGUAACACAUCUGCUUCAACAACAUCAAGUUUAACGGGAGGAUUCAACAGUAUUACGGGAUGUCGAGCACAGCCAUGAAGAAGAAGGUCCUGCUGAUGGGGAAGAGCGGGUCCGGGAAGACCAGCAUGAGGUCCAUCAUCUUCGCCAACUACAUCGCUCGGGACACCCGGCGUCUGGGGGCGACGAUUGAUGUGGAACACUCGCAUGUGAGAUUCCUCGGGAACCUGGUUCUGAAUCUAUGGGACUGUGGAGGCCAGGACACCUUCAUGGAGAACUACUUCACCAGCCAGAGGGACAACAUCUUCCGUAACGUGGAGGUGCUGAUCUAUGUGUUCGACGUGGAGAGCCGGGAGCUGGAGAAGGACAUGCACUACUACCAGUCGUGCCUGGAGGCCAUCCUGCAGAACUCCCCUGACGCCAAGGUCUUCUGCCUGGUCCACAAGAUGGACCUGGUUCAGGAGGACCAGCGAGACCUGAUCUUUAACGAGCGCCAGGAGGACCUGAGGAGGCUGUCCAGACCACUGUCCUGCACCUGCUUCAGGACGUCCAUCUGGGACGAGACGCUCUACAAGGCCUGGUCCAGUAUCGUCUACCAGCUCAUCCCUAACGUCCAGCAGCUUGAGACUAACCUGAGGAACUUCGCUCAGAUCAUAGAGGCAGACGAGGUGCUGCUGUUUGAGAGAGCUACGUUUCUGGUGAUCUCUCACUAUCAGUGCAAAGAGCAGCGCGAUGCCCAUCGCUUCGAGAAGAUUAGCAACAUUAUCAAACAGUUCAAACUCAGCUGCAGUAAACUAGCGGCCUCCUUCCAGAGUAUGGAAGUGAGGAACUCCAACUUCGCCGCCUUCAUCGACGUCUUCACCUCCAACACCUACGUCAUGGUCAUCAUGUCGGACCCCUCCAUACCGUCCGCAGCCACUCUGAUCAACAUCCGGAACGCCCGCAAGCACUUCGAGAAGCUGGAGCGAGUCGACGGACCCAAACACAGUCUGCACAUGCGCAUGCGUUAGCCAAUCGGAUUCGCGCCUGCGGUUCUGAUGGACCAAUCGGCGUCGAGAGACUGCUGCAGGCUGUGUGAAGCCCCGCCCCCCC